UUUGACGCCAUGUACGGCCCAAAUCCCGACCUCCACUCCGGAAAGUGAGAGAGAGAGAAAAAAACAACACAUGAUAAAAAAAAGUAGCUUGCAACCCCACAGCGUUUGUCAGAUAAAACAAGCAGGGGAAAAAAUACGUGCAGGCAAAAGUUUUCAUUGCUUUUUCCUCUUCUCGUGUUUUUUAUUUUUUUAAAUAAGUCGAGCAGAGUUUACGCAGAACUGAUGUUUCCAACGCCUCGUGCUCUUACGCAGAACAUGGGAUUUACGUCCUAACGCAGCGUGUUGCAGAACUGAGCGACGCUUUGAAACUUUCUCAAUGGAUUUUGCAGACGGCUUUCCCGACUGAGCUGUCGGACUAAGGAAGAAAGUCGGAGUUAUUUACCUGAACUGGAGCUAAAGUGUCGCAAGCACGGACUUCAGAUGUGUCCCCAGCCAGCUAAAGAGGCCCUUCAGUCCCAAGAUGGAUUCCAGAAGUCAGAGCGACGGAGGAGGACACCAUGGAGGGUUGCCAUCAUCGACUGGAUUGGGAAGCAUGGCGCAUGACGAAGGGGGAGCACAAUCACUGUCUCUGCAAACCACAGACAGUCUGUCAGAUCCUGGGCUGAACUGCAGGUUACGGCCACACACUCCACCAGUGCUAUCUCUGGAUCAACUAAGAAUAAGUGGUGGUAGCAAUGAGUAUACAGAUGGGCCUUCAGUUGCUCAAAGGUCUCCAGCCACCCAGCAACGGAAGAUCAAUGUGGUUACAUCAACAGGUUCAAGGACCAAUGGACAGCAGGAGACUGAGGAAGAGAGGUCCAACAACCUCCGCAACCUGUGUUCAUUGACUCAUCAUGGAAACGAGGAUACUCCCAUCUCUUCAAGAGAGGGUGUGUCUCAGUCCCCCUGUGUGGAGGGCUCCCAGAACAGUAUCAGAACCAGUGCGGGGAGCAGUUCUUCAGGUCAUAGGCUUCUUGGCAGCCCAGCGGUUGGCAACGAGAUAAUCAGAAACCAGCCAAAACGCUCAGAGAUUAAUUCAGAGGAGCUGAAACCCCUGAACGAAGAGUACAGAGACAUAGCGGCCGUGCCAGGCUGUGGAACACGUUCAAAAACAGACAAACACUCAAACAAAUGUGAGUCCUGUGGUCGGUGCAGGUGCUCGGAGUGCAUUCAGCCAAGAGUGCUUCCAUCCUGUUGGAUGUGUGGUCAGCGCUGUGUGUGCUCUCCACACAGCGUUGUGGAGUACGGGACAUGCGUCUGCUGCAUCAAGGGCCUUUUCUACCACUGCUCUAGCGACGAUGAGGAAACCUGCGCGGACAAGCCCUUCUCAUGCUCUCAGUCCCACUGCUGCAUGCGCUGGACAACCAUCUCACUCUUCUCCUUGUUCUUCCCCUGUCUGUUGUGCUACCUCCCAGCUAAAGGAUGCCUGGCCAUGUGCCAGUGCUGCCAUGACCGAGUCACACGACCCGGCUGUCGAUGCAAGAACUAAACCCUAACCCACUAUCACGAUGAUAGCGCGCCGAUGUAGGCCAGGAUGUAAUGGGACAUUGAUUGACCGACUCCACAUUAACUGAACUGUAAAAUGUCAAGUUAUGCAAUUAGAGCCAUCUAAUAAUGUCAUCGUAGUUGUUGUCUUAAUGUCCACCAGACAUGUCAGGAAAGGCUUCGCUCUGUCAACUUGCAAUGCAAAUUGACAAAAAAAAUGUUACUGGUAAAGGCACUGGAGGUGCAUUUACUCACCCUAGCAUUGGGAGUGUCACUUGAAUGGUCAACCAAAAUAAGCACUCCACAUUUCAAGGUAUGACAUGUUAUUUAACUACUGUUUAUCUGAAAGAAAUCUCUUCACUUAAGUGCCGUGAUAUCUGCUAAUACAGCCCAAGCAGAUAGCUUUGGGGUUUUUUCUUAACAUUUGACACAAACUAUAUUCUAAAAGCAAACUGCUGAUACUAACUGUAUGUAAUGUUGUAAUGGAAAGGGGGUGUACAAUAUGGAAUUACAGAUUUAUUAUUUUUGUGUGUAUAUAUAUAUAUAUAUAUAUAUAUAUAUAUAUAUAUAUAUAUGUGUGUGUGUGUGUGUGUGAUUCUUCAACUGUGGAAAUGUUUCUGCCAUUACGGAGGCACCUUGGUAAAUCUGCAUGUAUAUGAAUCAGUCAGCUUCCAUUCCUACAAAGUUUCUACAUUCACUGGAAUGUCAAUCAUAUUUUUAAGUCAUUUACAACAGAAAGAUCUUAAUCCUCAUCCUCCUAAAUUGUACAGUGACCUUAUAAAAAACAAAAUAUUUUCUAAUUCCAAAAUUGCCUAGUUGUAAAGUUAAGAAUAUAUAUUUAUUUUAAUAUUUUAUGAUGACAUAUUUAUUUUGAGAAAGCAUUGUUAAAGGGGUCAGCCUCCUCCGGGGCUGCUCGGCAGAUUUGACAUAAAUGGCUCUCUAUGGAUUAGAAGAUGAAUAUAUUAACGAAUUAAAUUAAAAAACCUUGAAGUCUAA